AUGCGUUCUGCGGCCAAACUUUUCUAUCUGGCUGUAUUUGCCCUCUCUGCGCACAUCAACGCUGAGAGCCAUGAGGGAAAAGCCGGCCCACAGUAUGGCCAUGACAAAUGCGCGCUUGACCCUACCGCUAUGGUGUCCGACGCCUGUGUUUCCUAUACGACCCUCGAUGCACUAAACGAUCAAGUCUAUCCUCUCCUCCAGUCUAUCACCCAAGAAACCGACUUCUUCUCAUAUUACCGUCUCAACCUCUUCAACAAGGUCUGUCCCUUCUGGUCGGACGCCAACAGCAUGUGUGGAAACAUCGCAUGCUCAGUGAAUACGAUCGAAUCGGAGGAAGACAUCCCCUUAACAUGGCGGGCAGAGGAGCUGAGUAAACUUGAGGGACCCAAGGCCGGCCAUCCAGGUCGAAGGCAGCAAAAAGAGCGACCCAGAGAUCGUCCGCUCCAAGGGAUGCUGGGUGAAAACGUGGGAGAAAGUUGUGUCGUCGAGUACGAUGAUGAAUGCGACGAGCGAGACUACUGCGUCCCUGAAGAUGAGGGCGCCAGCAGCAAAGGAGACUACGUCAGUCUGGUGGACAACCCCGAGCGAUUUACUGGCUAUGCUGGUAUGGGCGCCCACCAGGUCUGGGAUGCGAUCUAUCGCGAAAACUGUUUCCUCAAGCCAACCUCCCAGCUGGAGCUGUCGCCCAACCCCCAACUGGGCAAUCUUGAAGCCAUGAACGACUUCCGCAGUGUGCUACAACAGGAAUUGAAGCGCCCGGAUCGUCUUCCCCUAGACAAUGAGUGCCUUGAGAAGCGGGUCUUCCAUCGCCUCAUCAGUGGAAUGCAUGCCUCCAUCUCGACGCAUCUCUGCUGGGACUACCUCAACCAGACGACCGGGCAGUGGCACCCCAACCUGCAAUGUUUCAAGGAGCGCUUGCACGACCAUCCCGAGCGCAUCUCCAACCUGUACUUCAACUACGCUCUGGUGUCCCGGGCUGUGGCAAAACUGCAGAAGCACCUGAAGAGCUACAACUACUGUACCAGCGACCCCGAACAAGAUACUCAAACCCGGGAGAAGGUGUCGAGGUUGACUGCCACUCUUGCCGAGCGGCCUCAGAUCUUCGAUGAGAACAUGAUGUUCCAAGACCCAAGCGCCCUUGGUCUGAAGGAAGAUUUCCGCAAUCGCUUCCGCAAUGUUAGCCGGCUGAUGGACUGUGUCGGGUGCGACAAGUGCCGUCUUUGGGGCAAGCUUCAGGUCAACGGAUACGGAACCGCCUUGAAGGUGCUCUUUGAAUAUGACGAGACCAAGAACGGCGAGAACCCCUUGCUACGCCGGACCGAACUGGUGGCGCUGAUCAACACCCUUGGUCGCAUCUCCCACAGUGUCGCCGCAGUCCGGAGUUUUCACCGUGCCAUGGAGGUCGGAGACGGCGAGGUGUUCUCGAUCCCCGCCAGCAUUGCGUCGAAGGACCGUGGCGACAAGAAAACCCGGCGCCUGCUCAAGGACGGUGGCUCGACGUUCUACUACGAGAACGACGAUGAGGACUUUGUGUAUAUCUCCGAGAAGCUUCCUUGGGAACGGGUUCGCGAAAGGCGCGAUACCGACACCCUCUGGGACGAUAUCAAGGCCGAAUUCUCCCUUGUCUGGGAUACAUAUGUCUAUGUGCUGAAGAGCUGGGCCAACGUUCCGAAGACACUGGUUGAGAUUAUCGUGAUCGAGGUCGCCCGAUCUGUCGCAACCACUACACCCGCCACGGCUGGUCCAGCAACGAUGACGGCCUCUUCGCCAGCCUCGGCCGCAACCACCGGCGCCGCUUCAACCUCCACGUCUGCCACUCCUGAUCUCCCAUCUCGCCCCGACACUCUGAAUGCCGUCGUGAACCGCACAGCAUCCAAUUACUCGCCAUAUGGAGCCUCUCGGCUAGGCACCAGUCCCUACGGAGGCUAUGGUGGCUACGGGGCCUACUCUUCACCAUACUCUCGCUUCGGGACGAUGGGGUCAAUGUAUGGCGGCUAUGGCGGCUACGGCGGGAUGUACGGCGGCAUGGGAGGGAUGUAUGGCGGUGGCAUGCCUGGAGAUCCGAACGACCCGAACAGCCUGACCAACUCCUUCAGUCAAAGCACGCAGGCGACUUUCCAAAUGAUCGAGAGCAUUGUCGGUGCGUUUGGUGGCUUCGCCCAGAUGCUGGAGAGCACCUACAUGGCGACCCACAGCUCGUUCUUCGCCAUGGUCUCCGUCGCGGAGCAGCUUGGCAACCUCCGCAACACCCUGGGUUCUGCUCUCGGCAUCUUCACCUUGAUCCGCUGGUUCAGAACCUUGAUCGCAAAGAUCACCGGUCGUCCGCCGCCGGUGGAUGCUACGGCUCUCACGCCGGCUGCAUUCGCGGCUUUUAUGAACGGCCGUUCCGUUGCCGCGACUUUGCCCGAUGGCUCCCCCGCCCCGCCGAAGCCCUCGAAGAAGCCUUUCUUCAUGUUCCUGAUCGCCGUCUUCGGUCUUCCGUACCUGAUGGGCAAGCUCAUCAAGGCGCUCGCACGCUCACAGGAAGAACAGCGGCGUCAGAUGAUGCUCGGUCCGAAUGGCGAGCCCGCGCAGCAGGCACCGCUUGAUCCCUCCAAGCUCGACUUCUGCCGCGUGUUGUAUGACUACACUCCCGAGGCCCAGGAAAGUUCUGGGAUCGACCUGGCCGUCAAGAAGGGCGACAUUGUCGCUGUCCUCAGCAAGUCGGACCCCAUGGGUAACGCAUCGGAAUGGUGGCGGUGCCGUGCCCGGGACGGUCGUGUCGGAUACCUCCCUGGACCGUACCUGGAAACCAUUCAGCGCCGUCCCCAGCAGCAGGCCAUCACUUCGGGCAGUGAAACCACCAGCCGCAGCAACUCGCUACGAGCUCACGUGACCGACGAAGUGGCGGACGCGACCGUCAAGCCCGAAUUGAAGGGCAAGAUGGGCGAUAUCUCGCCGGAAAGCUUCCAGAAGAGCGCAUUCUACUCCUAA